CACGAACGCCGUCGUCACUACGGCGAGAAUCCUGGUGGUGAAUCGUUCGGUACAGACAUCUCCGAUCCGCAUUCGUCCUAUUCGCGUCAAACGCACAGCAAACAUGCCUCGUUCGAACAGAACCUCUCGGUUGACAUUGCUGAUGCGUCAUAUUUGACACCAAUGGGACCAGGUCCCCAAUCACAGUUGGUCAUUCCUCCGCCCAGUCAGUUGUCCCCUCACAUGGGGAACCACAUCGGCUCACAACAAACUGCCUACGGCUCACAACAGUCUGGCUAUGGCUCACAACAGUCUGCCUAUAUGGUCAAUCAUGUGAACUUCAAUUUACAACCCGGACCACAAAUGGUCAUG